UUGUUUGUGUUUUUUAACGUUUCAGGACGACCCACAAAUCAGUUGACAGCAAACAUGAGUGUAUCAAAUGCCUCAAAGCAUUCAUGAACAACGGAUUCGGCAUCUCCACAGUGUUUAAAAACGACCGGGUCCUGGUAGAUGUCGCCAGCUGCAUUAACCCCAGAUUUGAGAACUUAAUGACAGAUGCCCUCAAGGUCAUGGCACCUGUCUGUCUGGUCCCUGAUGGGCAUUAUAAGGUAUUGAGUGCUCUGUCGGAAGUACAGGAGCUUAGGAACAGGCCUCGCUUUCUUCCAAUCAUUGAGGCAUUGAAGAAGGAGGAUUCACCCCAGCUAAUG